AUGAAUUUACAGGUUUCUGAAAAAGUUUGCGGCCCAUGCAUAGAAGGUAAAGCUACGAGAACACCAUUUAAGCUGACGCCGAGACCUAGAUCUAGGAGAGUAGCAGAGUUGUUGCAUACAGACAUUGCAGGACCUACCAAGAACUGUGGUUUAAACGGGCCGCGAGGAGGAGAGCGAGGUGUGGCGGUAGUGUCGGGGCCGGCGUUCUCCGCGCGGCAGCAGGCGGUUGUACUCGCGCGUGUGGGCGAGAGCGCCGCCCUGCGCUGCAACGUGGUGCGUCUGGCCGACCGUGUGGUGUCGUGGGUGCGGUCGAGCGACCUGCAGAUCCUGACGCACGCGGGCUACGUGUUCACGGCGGACGCGCGCGUGUCGUGCGCGGAGGCGCCGGCGGCGGGCGCGCCGGGCGCCGUGCUCACCUCGCGCGACGAGGGCUGGCAGCGCGCCGGCUCCGUGCACACGCUGCGCAUCGACCACCUGCGCGAGUCCGACUCCGGCCGCUACGAGUGCCAGAUCAACACGGAGCCCAAGCUCAGCUUGUUCUUCAAUCUCACUGUUGUAGCAGAGUCACAGUUGCCCACGGUGUCAGUGCGCGCGGUGGUCGAGGAAGGCGCGGACGGCGAAGGUGGCGCGGGCGGAGUAGUAUGGGGUGCGGUGGGAGGUGCGGCGCAGCUGGCGUGCGAGGCGCGCUACGAGCCCACGCCCACGCCUGACGUGCUGGGCGCUCUGCCCCCACUGAGCAUACAGUGGCUACAUGAAGGAGACUCUCUCGAUCCGCAGAGUGCGCGCGGCGGCAUCUCGCUCGACACGGAGCGCUGGGCGGCGCGCACGGUGUCGCGGCUGACGCUGGCGGCGCUGGGCGCGAGCGACGCCGGCCGCUACGUGUGCGUCGCCGGCGAGCGCCGCGCCGCGCUGCGGCUGCGCCUGCAUGGCAUCGACGACCGCGACUACGAAGUGUUGGAAGGGGAGAUAGAGACAAUGCAGCGCGACCAGGCGGUGGCGCGGGUGAGCGCUGCGGUGCGACGGUCGCUCGCGCCGCUCUGCGCGUGGCUGGCGCUGCUACUGGGACUCUACCUCACG